GGUUAUUUCAUACUACUGAAAGUUUGAUUAUACUUUACUGGCCAUGUUCCGUUAAAUACAAUAAGAGAUAUUCGCGAUUAAAUUCUACCCAUUCUUGUACAGGUUGAUCGUAGAAUAUGAGAUCCGCUUGGGGAUUAUUUUUACUAUGAUGAGGGAGCUGAAUAAAGUGUGAGUGUGAACGGCAUUCAUGGAAACACAUGGACAGUGAUCAUUUAUUUUUGCCUGCCUGAUAAGUUUGGCUUUGCCAGCUACUGUCCACACAGCUACUGAUUGAAUCCUAGAUCAUAUGUCGCACCAGUGAAACGAUGGAAGAAGAACGUAAGCGAUUUUACCUACAAAACGAACUUCUUCGGAAAGUGAUAACCUGUAAUGAAGAUCUUCAAGAUUUCGAAGUGAUUGGAUGUACUCUUGAAACGCCAAAAUCUUUGGAUGGCUUCAUGGCAACUAUGUACAGUUUAGAGGUUGCGGUUUGCAGAAAAAGUCACGAUGAAUCGACAUACUUGAAGCUACUAGUUAAAGUGAUGAAAGGUGACGACAAAUUUCGACGGGAGUCGUUAGGAUUGAUCCUGUUUCCGAACGAAAUCAAUACCUAUAAAAACAUUGUUCCAGCAUUUAAAACUUUGGUGGCCAACAGCAAAGCAAGAAUCGAUUCCGAUAGCUGGUGUCCUCGGGUUUAUUUCGCUGAACAGGGAAACUUUCCCGGUUAUAGCGACCAAUUCGAAACCAUUCUUGUAAUGCAGAACGUACUGCCGCUUGGUUUUACAUCUGGACCAAGAUUGAAUCUGGAUAAAACUCAUCUGACGCUGAUGGCGCGCAAGAUUGCGCAGUUUCACGCCUGUAGUUACGCAAUGCGAAUAUUGGGCAGUGAUGUUUUGGAUCAACUUGUUGCGAAAAUUAUUCCAUUGAAUUUCGUCCAGGAUGGAAAGGUUUUUUUUGAAAGCUACGACGUUGUGUUUCGGCACAGCCAGAAGAGGCUGUUUAAAUAUUUCGAUGUCAACCCAAACCUUUUAUCAGAUGCAAAUGUUCGAACUGAUAUCGAAACACUGCGUGAAAAGUAUAGCAGUAUACCUUCGCAGUUAAUGCAGAGGUGUUUAACAACAGACGAUGUAUAUUCGGUGAUUCUGCACGGUGACUACAAUCGUAACAAUGUACUAUUUAAGUACGAUGGUGCAAUACCAACCGAUGUACUGAUGAUCGAUUUCCAAGAGAACCGAUACGGAUCACCGGCGCUGGAUCUAUCAUUUUUCAUGUACAUGAACAUGGACGAUAAUUCAAGAGAAACUUUGUGGAAUCAAGUUCUCUUUUCUUACCACGAUGAAUUGUUCAGGUGUAUUCAGGAGCUAACAGGCUUAUCAGCUGAUGACAGUCGACUAAAGCCGUACGACUACGAGAACAUUUUAAACCAUUUAUCACGUUACUUCAUCUAUGGCGCGAUGAUUGCAGUGAAAUUUGUUCCAACCAUGAUGGCUUCUCCCGACGAGAUCAACCAGAUUGUUCAUUAUUUUCACAACGAUAUCCAUGCCGCGGGAUUUGAGAAAAUCUUGUUGGAAGCUGGUGGGGAACAUGCCAAUCAACGAAUCGCAAAUGUAAUGGUGCAUUGCUCUAUGUCUGGUUAUAUGAGUUUUCUGAGGGACUGAUUUAAGGUGUUGUUAAAAUUGAUAAUAGAAAUCAAUGACAAUG